AUGGGUGAGAUUUCACUCUACAAUGCCGUCGACGGUAGUGAGACGUUUUCACCUUGUAGCAUUAUCCAUGGGAAGGUUAGCAAACCAGAAACAUCCGUUGUGGAGGUGCAUAACCUCGAGUUUCCCACGCUGCGCUUUCCUGUCAACUCCUCUGUUUUCAAAUGUGUGAUUAUGUUGAAUCCGGGGGAGAAUAAACUCACUUUCAUUAGUGACCAGAACGAACGCAAAACAAUCACAUUGCGCUACACACCUUUAUCUCAAAAUCUGCCCGUUCAUAUGUGCAUUAUGGUAGCCAAAGAUUCUCCGCUGGUGUUCGAUUCGCCUCGCUCACAGCGGGACAAAGAAGGCGGAAACAACUUGGACCUUGCCUGUCGUAAACUAAGAGUUGGCACAAGAUUGAUGCAGGCAUUUACGGCCGAACAAAUGCUUCGCAACGGAUUUGGACCCAGAACUUUUGGUGUGGUCGAGGAAUUUGCGCUCGAUACUUCAUUCCAGAAACCUCGCAUGCGCAACAGGGUUAAAAUCCAUAUUGUGCGCUCAGACAAAACCCUCAAAGAACUGCGCGACCCCAAUUUGGCUCAACAAAAUCCCAAUGCUUCAGAUGCUGGUGGCCUGUUUGGGAUUGCUAUGGAAGCUCUGCGUAAAUACGGGGGUCCCUUUACGGCUCACGAUGGAAAUCCAGUGCAAGCUGCGGUUAUGUUGCUCGAUACGCAUUGGGAUCCCAAGCUGAAGCUAAUCACAGCCCACGCAGCGCUCGGUGGUGGUGAUGACCGUAUCAAACUGGCCAUAUUCGGAUCGCAUGGUCUUUACUCUUGGUCACCUUACAUGGACAGCGUAAUUCCAUACUUCCUAGAUGAGACUCGCUGCUCCGAAUCCGAGGUAGCCAAUGAUUCGAAGGAAUGUGGGUCUCAUUGGGAGUGUUAUACUUUAACGCUGGGCGCUUUCAUGCACGAAAUAGGCCAUCUUUUGGGAAGUCCACAUCAAGAAAGUGGCGUGAUGCUUCGUGACUACGUGCGACUCAAUCGCUCUUUCCUUUCUAAAGAGGCCUAUUCAACAAGAACAAAUUCAAAUGGUGCUCAACCCCCAAUAUACCCCAGAGAGGAAUGCGGAUGGCAUAGAAUAGAUGUACUGAAGUUCUUGAAUCAUCCCUCCUUUACCACCCCACAAGACUAUGCCGAUGGCUCGAUGAUGCGACCUUCUCUCAUCGGUGGUUACAGUGUACCCUCUCCUUCAGUUUACGUGCUUCCCAAUCAGUGCUGUUUACUUAGAUCUGAAACUGGCAUUUUCUGCAUUCAAAUCAUAUGCGGGGAUCUGGCGCGCGCUUUCAUUGAAUAUCUUCCACAAUCCAUGGGCGGUAUGGGCCCACAAAAAGAGAUUCUUUUAUCUCUCGAUGAUUUAAGAUCCCGCAUUCCACCUGAGCAUGUCGCUGAGUACCGCGAUAAGUUCAAGCUAAAGGUUUGCGCUCUCAACUCUCCCGAGGCUGAAUGGGAAAUGUUUCCUAAGUUUCUACAAAUGCCACAAAUAUCCAUGGGCAAGUAUGGCUUCUCUUCCAAUGUUACAGGCAUGAAAUCAAUUCUUUACGGUUCAGCUGAAAGGGGAGAAGAUGUUGGUAUCCUUGCAUUUGAUGGCACGAAAGUGGGCUGUGUGAGAGUGUACCACGGCGCAGCGCUCGAUGGAAUUAGAUUCUAUUUAAACAGGCAAAACCUUGACGCCAAAAAGCCCCCAUUACCGCCUAGAUCCUACAUGGAUAGAAUUACGACCGCCAUGAAAAAUGUUCAAAUUCAAGGUAGGGACGGUGAAAGUGUUCUAUUUGGACACGAAACAAACUCCUAUACUGAUAUUUCAUUCGAGAGUGACGAGUAUCUUCGCGGCUUUGACAUCAAAUCUGGCUGUUGGGUGGAUGGGGUUGGCAUAAUCACCAAUAAGCGUCGCUCUGGGAAAAUUUUGGGAAACGCCAAUGGAGGAAGUGGCCAUCAGAUUUUAAUACCAAGUGGUCAAGAGGUUCUGGGGGUUUUUGGAAGAGUUGGUCAGUGGGUAGAUGCUUUUGGUGUCAUAUAUGGCACUGUUCAGUAG